UUUUUAAGAGAAAAGGAGAGCAUUCUACGUAUUACCUUCAAUCAUACCCAGGUCACAGCAGUUUUUUGGCUGGCUUGGCGUGGCUUUCUUCGACUCUCUUUCUCAGUCUUUGCAGUGCCUGUGCCGGCCGGGCUCCAGGCCCCAGUUACAGGUCAGCACGCCCAAGGGGAGGAGCUACUUGCUUGCCAAGUUCUGUUCCAGCCUCGGGGCCCUCCAUCCCAGGGACCCACAGUGCCUCCUGGGGACCAAAGAGGACCCCAUCACUCGGUCGUGUGCCCUGUGAGUGCCGUGUCCAACACCAUGGAUGGUGGGCCCAAGAAAGGUUUGGUUUUGAUUGGAUUCAGUCUUUUCUACGUUAAAAUGGUGAGUUGAUCAUUCUGAGCUACCUGCAACUAUUUGGGGGGAGGGGGGGAGGAGGGCGAAGGAGAAAAACAUUGAUUACCUGUCUCUUUUAGGGCCCAGGGGGUGAGGAGGAAGAAAUCAAAAUACUCUUGAACCAUCCUAAGAUUGUGUAUGUUUGAGUGCUUGAAAUGCGAUGCCAUUUACUAGCGAGAGCAAACAAAAUUAUCAUUGUAUUUUAAGAACAAAGAUUUCUGAAAAAAUCUGUCAGUGGCUACGGACUUAGUUCAAUAGGCAGAUUCAGGGAGAAAAAUGAAAUAGUAACAUGAACCGACUCCAGCCUCUAAAUGCUAGUUAGGAUCGCUUUGUGGUAGGUCUGAGUGUGCGGAAGGGACUUGUGCAAAAAUGAACACGCUGUCCGGAGUGAAAGACGGCUCCCAUCACGUGUAAAAUGUGAUGAACGUACUGCCCCUUUGAUGGAUGUUUUUACAUCUCCCCAAACGGUGUUUUUUCAUUCUGGUUCUAAUUUUCCCAACUUUCCUUUUCAGGUUGCUUCAGCGGAAACAGCUCCUGAAAUACCCACCAUCGACCAGGCCUACUCAAAAAUCAGCAACAGCAUCACCGUGGAGUGGGCUACGGUGCCAGGCGCCACCAGCUACCUCCUCACGGCCCAAGAUGGGGACACCGUUAUUGAAACCACAGUGGCCAAUUCCCCGGGCACUGUGACGGGCCUGAAGGCUGCCACCUUGUACCAGAUCACCGUCAGGUCCAUCAGUGCCGCUGGGAGAAGCCAGGCAUCGCCUCCAAAGCAGGCAAAGACAGUGCUGGCCGCGCCGGUUCUGGAAGCGAGCUCUCCAAGUUCAGACUCCAUCCUCGUGCAGUGGGGGGCCGUGUACAUGGCCACCGGGUUCUCCGUGUCCAUCAUGCGGGCCAACGGUCUGGGCAGGAUGUGGAAGGAGAACACCACCAACACCACCCUGACAUUCACCAGUCUGGACGCCGGGACGCUGUACACCAUCAAGGCCUACGCGUGGAACGCCAACGGGACCCCCGGGGAUGACUCCACCUGCAACCAGAGGACGGGUCCCCGGGCUCCUGCCGACAUCCAAGUCUCUUUGGACAGCGGGGCCCUGGCGGCCUCGGUGUCCUGGGCCCCCACGGAAGGCGCGUCCAACUACACGGCGCUGGCCCGGAGCGCCUCCUCCCGGCGCAGCUGCAGCACGGCCGCCAGCGGCUGCACCAUCGCCGGCCUCCGCUGCGGUACUGAGUACCUGAUCUCCGUGGCGGCCAGCAACGAUGCCGGGUCCAGCAGCUCAGCGGCAGCGGUGGCCCUGACAACCGUUGCUUGUGCACCUGGAGGAGUGACGAUCCAGGAAGACCCCCCUGGCCACCUGUCUGUGUCUUGGUCCAACGUGGACCUGGGGGAUUACUACGUGGCCUUCGUGAAGAGCGAUGACGGCUUGGAGGUUCACUGUAACACAUCCCUCACUCGGUGCGCCUUCCCGUCCGAGUGUGGCUUCACCUACUUCAUCAGCGUUUUUGCCUACAACAGGGCGGGCCAGAGCCCGCUGGGUGAGGUGUUCAAUUACACCACAGCUCCCUGCUGUCCCAGCGACAUUAACCCCGUGCUGGUGUCCAGCGACAGAGUGGAGAUGGUCUGGUCUCCCGUCCGGGGCGCCGAACUCUACGAAACCAGGGCCGCCGACGGGCUCAACGUGGUGCAGUGCAACGACACGGCCCCCGCAUGCACCCUCUCCGCUCUGGAGUGCGACACCAAGUACAAUGUCACCGUGUACUCCUUCAGCGAGGCCCGGGGCAGCAACACCUCCUGCGCGUCCCGCUUCGUCACCACCGCUCCUUGCAGCCCUGAGAUACAAAGCCUCUCGAAGGACGCCCUCUCCGCGACCCACGUGCACUGGACCUCCAGGAACCGGGGCGCCACCUACACCGUGACGGCGCGGGGCCAGGAGGGGCUGUUCCGGUGCAGCAGCUCCGGCCGGACCUGCGCCCUGGGCGGCCUGCCCUGCGGCUCCCUGUUCUCCGUCACCGCCGUGGCCGAGACGCAGGCGGGCCGGAGCCUGCCCAGCUACAGCGUCCCGCUGGAGACAGUGCCCUGCUGUCCAGCCGGCCUGACAGUGACCCAGGUCACCCAGUCAGUGGUCAACGUGAGCUGGACUGUUGGGACCGGGGCCCUCACCUACGUGACCGUCCUGGCGUCCCGCACUGGACAGUCUCAGUGUCACACCCAUCAAAACCACUGCCUCCUGGGAUGCGUCACUUGUGGCGUCAAUUACACAGUGGCCUUAAAAGCAAUCAGCGCCACCGGGCUGACCGCAGACUGCGCCUACCAACGCUACGCCUCUAGUGUCUGCUGCCCCCUGGGAGUGAAGCUGUACCGGCUGGGCCCCCAUGGCAUCCGGGUGGACUGGCGAGCCGCCCGGGGCUCCGCCAGCUACAGCUCCGACCUCCACGGCUCCAAAGGCGUGUUCACCUGCUCCCCCCGCGCCGGCCUCAGCUUCUGUGACGUCACGGGGAUACCCUGCGGGGACGUGUACACCGUGAUGGUCUCCCCGGUGGCGGAGACGGGCCUGAAGCUCACCUUCUGUCCCAAAAAGAUAUAUUCAGUCACCUGCUCCGGAAGUACCCUUGGAAUGGUGAUUUACAGAGGGAAGAGAAACGCGGAGUGACAGAGCGAGGGGCGAUGACAGCGGAGACGUGACUGAGUGAGUAAUGUGAAUCAGCGAGGUGUGAUUCCAAGGCCCAGUGUUUUGUCUUUUGUUUUUCAAAGUUCUCCCCCACCUGUUUUGCAGGGCUGUCUCAAACGCUAGUGUGACGGGAGAUGGACAAGCUUUGUUAGCCUACACAACGCAUCUAGCAUAGCACAAGCUCUUUAGAAGAACAACUCUGACUCCACUUCUGGAAGGCGAGGUCAGGAUCCUGAUCAGCGUGGCUCAGUGGUUGAGCGUCGACCUAUACGAACCAGAAGGUCACGGUUCCACUCCCGGUCCGGGCACAGGCCCGGGUUGCAGGUUCGGUCCCCAGUAGGGGGCGCGCAAAGGCAGCUGAUCC